CGCAGGCGCUCUGCCUAUGCUGAGUUGCAGGUCGCAUUACAGGGCUGUGAUCAGUAGGGACGGUUCAGACUUUCCCGCCACGGAGGGCAGGGGAGAGCGGUUCAAGAUGGAGUCCAAGGCACACGGUGGAGGAGCCAUGAGGGCAGCUGAUGAAGACGCAGGUGCCGUGGCCUCUGCAACGGGCACAGCACAUGGUGGCCAAGGUGUGCCAGGUGGUGCUGGUGGCCGCCAUGGCCCUGGCGACCCAGCUGGCCCUGGAGAUGCCGUCAGUCGAGGAGUCCCUGCCGGCUCCGGCGACAUGGCUGAUCCCAGAGACCCCAGCACUGCCGGAGAGUCAGGUGGCGCAGCCGCUGCCAUUCCGCAGAUCCCGGGGGCACCCCACAGACCAGGGCUUGGUGGAGACGCAGCACCCGGAGCCGGAGUUGUGAGUAAUCGAGUCUUCCAGUUCACCUUCGGUGUGCCUUUCUCAUCACGCGCAGAGGCGGACAACGCACGCCACAUCCUGACUCGACGUACUCAACUGCGAUGGCCGGUUCAGAGGCAGCUCUACGUUAAUGGCCGCAUGUUGGUUCUCCGUUUGACUGCUGAAGACCAUGCCCUGCUCCAGAUGGCUGUCGACUUCUGUCUGGAGCAGAUUUCCCUGGUGAUGUGGACCUUGCAGAACUUCGUGCCCCGCCUUUUUCCUCAGUCUCAGCACAGAAGAAUGCCUUAAAACUAGCCUAUGUGCCUUAGUCUCAAGUGUCCUUCCCGAGGGCAUUGCUUUCUGCAGUAGUUUGAUCGGGCUUCAUCUUGUGCCUGUGCUGCUGCUUGUGGGCUCAGGGUCCACAUAGUUUGUUUGGUCGUUGUUAAAUGCGGAAAAUAAAACUGAGCUACUGUGCUGUC